UGCUGAUGAUUACUUCACAUUUCACAUUCAAUAACUCCCAAUACUCUCCUCAUUCUCACCUCAACCACCACACUACUACUCCCUCCUCUUCUUCUCAUUCUCCCAACUCCCACCAACACUUGUGCAUUUUCCUCAUCCUAUUCUCACAUGGAACCUACUUCUCCAAUAUCCGCCCCCUAACUUAACUCAACAUCAUCAAUCUUCCCCCAAACCACCCUUCAACAAUACCUUCCUAUUGUUACCAAAUGCGGACCCUCCGCGCCAGGGAUUUUAGGGUUCAAGAUUCUCUCGACAUGCUACUCCAGUGCUUGGCUUGGAGGAAAGAUUUUGGGGCCGACGGCGUUUUGGAGCAAGAUUUGGGAUUCAAAGAGCUGGAAGGAACAGUUGCUUAUAUGCAUGGAUUUGACAGUGAGGGGCAUCCGGUGUGUUAUAAUGCUUAUGGGGUUUUCAAAGAUAAAGAAAUGUAGGACAAGAUAUUUGGUGAUGAUGAGAAGCUGAACAAGUUCUUGAGGUGGAGAGUUCAGAUUCUUGAGAGAGGGAUUAAGCUUUUGCAGUUCAAGCCAGGUGGAGUUAAUUCUAUUAUUCAGGUCGCUCAUCUUAAAGACAUGCCUAAGAGAGAGCUCAGGGUGGCUUCUAAUCACAUUCUUUCACUCUUUCAAGAUAAUUAUCCUGAAAUGGUAGCCAGAAAGAUCUUUAUAAACGUGCCAUGCUACUUCAGCCUGCUCUAUUCAAUGUUUAGUCCAUUUUUUACUCAAAGAAGCAAGAGUAAAUUUGCGAUAUCCAAGCAAGGAAAUGUUGCGGAGACGCUUUACAAAUAUAUUAGGGCGGAGGAUAUCCCGGUUCAGUACGGUGGACUGAGUCGACCCAGUGAUGUGGGGAGCGGUCCAGCUAGACCGGCAUCAGAGUUCACAGUUAAAUGAGGAGAAAAGGUGAACAUUCAUCAAAUUGAGGGCAUUGAGGGACAUAGUGGUGGGGGGCUGGGAAUUGGAUUACAGCGCGGAGUUCGUACCAGAUGCUCUAGGAAGCUACAUCAUCGCGAUGGAGAAGCAGCGGCGAUUGGAGCCAACAAGGAGGCAAUUCGCAACUCUUUUGCCACCAGAGAAGCAGGAAAAUUGGUGCUCUCUGUCGAUAACACUGACUCUCAUAAGCGGAAGGUGGGUGCAUAUCGAUAUCUGGUCCGCAAAUCCACAGCAACCAGCUGA